AUGAAAAAAGGCAAUUUUUCAGAGCGUCCCAAUCAAGGAAAAAUAGAAGAGAUCUUAAAUCAACACAUAGAGCCAAAAAAAGUGACAUCGGCAAACGACAAAAUUAAAGCUGUAGAAUGUAAAAUAGAACCAUUCGCUGGCCAAUUAUUAAAGCCUUUCAAUUAUAUGUAUCAAACAAUUGCAAAAAAAAUUCAAAUUUUGGAAGAUCGAAUUGAUUUAUGUGUGGAAGUUAUAAGUGAACAUUAUAACAAAGAAUUAUGGGAUCCUACUGUUUUCGUUGGUGAAAUAUUUUGUGAUUUAGAAGGAAGACUUAAUCUUGAAUCUGCAAUGCUGGCAACUUCAAUUAAUAUUGGAGAACGUAUUAUCAAGUUGUUUCUAAAUGAUCUUCCAUCGUUUUCUUUAUUUCCUGGACAAAUUAUUGGAGUUGGAGGAGUUAAUAAUACAGGAAAUUUUUUUUAUGUAAAAAAAAUCUACGAGUCGCCAUUAUUACCAUUUUAUCGAUCUCCAAACCAAAUAAAUGAAAAUGAUCAAACAUUAAUAAUUAAUGACUACAAUAGCAGCAGCAGUAGUUCGAAAUCAUUAGAAGUAAUAUUUGUAGCUGGUCCAUAUACACUUGACACUGAUUUAACAUUUGAACCAUUUAAAGAAUUAAUUAGAAAAAUGAUCAAAGAAAAACCUAACAUAUUGGUUCUGAUGGGGCCAUUUGUUGAUGAAAAUCAUCCAAUUAUUCAGCAAGGAAAAGCAACAAUGCUGGUUGAUGAUAUUUUUAAUAAUAAUAUCACAAAAUAUUUGGAUGUUUUGAUUAAAGACUCACCAGAUAUAAAUGUUAUUGUGAUUCCUAAUCCUAGAGAUGUAAUUCAUGAAUAUCCAAUAUUUCCUCAACCACCAUUCAAUAAUAUAUUUUCAAAGAGCACCAUCACAUUGCCUAAUCCUGCACAAUUUAGAGUAAAUGAUGAGAUUACAUUUGCCAUAAAUAAUGUUGAUAUUUUGUUUCAUUUGAGUGUGAAUGAAACAUCAGGUAAUUGUGAUUCAGAUAGAAUGGGAAGAUUAGCUAAACACAUCUUGACUCAAAGACAUUUAUAUCCAUUAUUUCCACCUGUAAUUAAUGAUAUAAAUCUUGAUGUAAAAAACUCAUCAAGUCUUCAAUUACAAGCAACUCCUGAUGUACUUGUAACUCCUUCAAAAUUAAAAUUUUUUGCAAAGGUUAUUAACAAUGUGAUUUGUAUUAAUCCUGGCUACGUUUCUAAAAAUCAAUCCAAUGGGACAUAUGCAAAAUUAACCAUUCAUCCACCACAACAAAAUAAUUCUGAACCAGAACAAUUUAUUUCAAAGAGAUCAAGAGUAGAAAUAAUUAGAUUGUAA